UCAAUAAACAAGUUUGUACAUUUAUAACUCAGUCAUGGCUCUACCUCAAUUAGAUCCCGCAAAAAUACAAAUGGUGCAAGACCUCGAAAUAGAAAUGAUGUCUGAUAUGUACAACAGGAUGACUGCAGCAUGCCAUAACAAAUGUAUUCCACCAAAAUAUGCAGAUGCAGAUUUAGGUAAAGGUGAGUCUGUUUGCUUAGACCGAUGUGUAGCAAAAUACUUAGAUAUUCAUGAAAGAAUAGGAAAGAAAUUAACUGCAAUGUCAAUGCAAGAUGAAGAAUUUGUCAAGCGAAUGGCUGGUGAAAAAUAAUGUUUACCAUUAUUAAAAUGCUUGCAGAAUUUUGGAAUAUUAGUUAAUAUGUUAGCAAUUCAAACAUAGUCAGUUAUUUCUUUUUAUAUGCUUAUAACGUGUAUAUGAUAGACAA